UCAAACGUCAGAAAAGUCUGAACUGGAAAAAAGUUAUGAAAAAAUAAAUAACUAUUACACAGAUUCGCAAGCAUUAAAAAUUAUAAAGUCUAGUAAACUACGUAACCGAAAAUUUGCAGUUAAGCAUUUUAAAGGUUAUUACGAUGUAAAUGGUACAAAAAAGUAAUUGAAUGGACUACAAAAAUAUUUUCAACAAAACGAGUAAAUAAUAUUUUUUUUUGUCGACACUGCAGUGACAAUAUUAACGAAAUGGAUGAUAAUUUAUGGCUUAUUGAAUUAGAGUCAGCGCUCUUAGAUGAUUGCAACGUUAAUGACAUUUAUGCGAUUUGUCGUGGCAAAACCAUUCCAGAGGCACUGCGUCCUGAUGUGUGGCAGGUGUGCCUGGAUGUGCGUCACAAGAGCGACCAAAUGUCGCUAUUCAACGAAAUUUUCGAUUUACCUUUCCAAAAUAAAUUGCGUGAGGACUGCCAAGUUGUAGUAGACCGUAUUGGAAAUGAUGAUGAGGACAAAGUAUCUGUUAUUUCCGAUUUGGAAUCAAUACUGACAUUUUAUUGUAAAAACCGUAAUCUCCUCUAUGAGAGCGACAAUGGUUGGAUUGAAUUGCUACUACCCUUGCUGGCACUAAAGUUAAAUAGGUCAGACACUUACAACUUAUUUGAGGCCAUACGAGACACAUACGUCCCUAAGGGCUGCAAACCUAAAGGCAACGUGUUUCAUGUUUUUCGUUUACUUAUAUUAUAUCAUGAUCCGGAAUUGUGUACAAUGUUGGACACGAAAAAAAUUACUCCCGAUAUGUACUCUAUGCAAUGGUUCCAGUGUUUAUUCGCUUCGAGCUGCAGCCUUACAGUUAUCCUUUCAAUGUGGGACUUAUACUUUCAGCAUGGAGAUCCUUUUAUGGUUUUCUUCUUAGCUCUAAUCAUCCUUGUAAAUGGACGGGAUCAAAUAUUAGCAAUGAAAGAUGCCACCAGAGAAGAAUUACGAAAAUUUCUGACAAACAUGCCGUGUGCUUUGGAGCCAGAUGACGUAGUUGAUUUUUGUUCUCUAGCUCAAUAUUAUGCGCUUAAAACGCCAAGCUCAUUCAAAACUGAUUUUUUAAAAGCGCUUUACGGUUCACAAAGUGAUAAGGGACAAAAUAAUGAAUCGUGUAGCGUAUCGCAGGCAUUGUGUCUUCCAGUUUCUGUAUAUGAAUUAGUAGAGAAUUCAUCUAUGGAACUAACAGCGCCUGAUGCUGUACGCUUCUUUUUGGUAGAUUGUCGUCCUGCUGAUCAAUACAAUGCCGGUCACCUAUCGACAGCAUUUCACCUAGAUUGUAAUUUAAUGCUGCAAGAACCCGUGGCUUUUUCGACCGCUGUACAAGGUUUAUUGAAUGCACAGCGUCAAGCAAUUGAAGCUAACUCCAACGCCGGAGGGGAACACCUCUGCUUUAUGGGGAGUGGCAGAAUGGAAGAAGAUCAAUAUACGCACAUGGUAGUUGCUUCAUUUCUACAAAAGAACACGCAGUAUGUCUCUUUGCUAACGGGUGGUUAUAUGGCUAUCCAUGAUUAUUUUGGAGACCAAAUGGCUGAUUGUCUAGAGGAUCAUGACGUGAAAAGAUGCAUUGUUUGUUCGAAAAACAACGUUGAAUUAAGAAAUACGGGAAGAUCUGGACAAACGCAACUGUCACAACGGGACUCGCAACGCCCAACCUCCGAUAUUUUUAGUCGAUUUUCUGCUGUAAUGAAACUGAAAUCUGCCGAAGUGAAGGAUAAACUUUUCGAUAUAAUUACAAAUCCUUCAAAUGGUGUAGGCACUGCUGUUAACAAUCCACAAGUUGUCAGCGAUGGGGGAUCAUCAGCCCUACAGGAUCGACAUGUUUCGGCUAAUGACCGGAGCGGGAAACGAUAUAGAAACGUAGCCCCAGUUUUUAGUAUCGAUGAUGAUAACGAUGAUCAUUAUAAUGACCAUGAAAUGAAAGAUUCAAAUGAUUUGGCGAGCUCUAAAUUGGCUGGUGACACCAAAGAGAUCGUUAACUUAACUCAGUAUUUAAAAUCGCCAGACAUAAUAAAUGCGUUCCGUUGCCAGGAAGUGCACAUGAAUGGAUACAUGUACGAUAGCCAUUUAAUAAUCACUGCGUCGCUUUUAAUUGUUUUACGGGAACUAGGACGUGGCCAAGCUCAGAUAAUUGUUCGACGUCCAUUAUCAAGUAUAGUUAAAAUUACGGCCAAAAAGCGACACCGCGAUUUGAUCACAUUCAAAUAUGGAUUUCCGGACGGUGAUGGUCUACUUAUAACCGACAUGGACCGAUUUCUUAUACCAAAUGCCAGCGAAGCAACAGCAAUCGUAUCGAAACAUAUUGUGCAAACACUAGACGGUUCUAAAUUAACGUAAUCCAAUUUUACCAAUUUUUAUUUUUCAAUCAAUAACUAAUUGCAUUGAGUGCUGUAGAAUAUAUACAUACAUAUAUGUUUAUUUUGUAAAAAUAAAAAUAACUAAAUAUUAAGAAAAUGCAAAGA